CUCCCAUACCGUAUCCGUUCAAUAAAAAAAAACGAAUAAUAAUCAAAUAAAAUUAAUCGCUCCCUCUAUUUUAUUUGCCCUCUCCUCUGAUUUGCGUUUCGAUAAACACCAACUCUGUCGCAUUUUCGCGCAAACAAGACAAGCUUGGCUUUGUGUUUCUCUCGAUACUUUUCUGUCAGCGCGCAAAACUUUACCCUUGCAGCUGACAACCUUACCCCGUUUCCUCCGCAGCGAGAAACCUCCGGCGGUGUUAGCUUUUUAGCCCUCCCUUAUCGUCGAAACUAACUCCUUCCUGCAGCUGGUCGCACAACAUGGGCAACGGCACAGCUGCAGUGCUAGAGCCGACAUUCACCGGCUAUGUCGCCACGACACAAGAUGCGCUGAUCCUCUUCGAAGCCUGUCUCACAGGUAUCCUCCACCAUGUCCCACGACGUCCCCACGAUCGAGAGAGAAGUCAACUGGUGAAAAGUGGUAGUGUUUUUAUCUACGAAGAAAAUGCGUCUGGUAUCAAGCGAUGGACGGAUGGUGUUACCUGGAGCCCGAGCCGCAUCCUGGGCAAUUUCCUCGUCUACCGUGAACUUGAUAAGCCAUUUCCUCCGGGUGAGAAGAAGCGCGCGAUGAAAAAGGGCAAUCGGCGCCCAACAUCAACUGGGAGACCAGGGGAACCGUACCCACGACCCCAAGAGAGCAAUGGAACUACAUACUCGCCCGCAACAUCGCCAGGCGCAGCUCCAUAUGGAGAACGAAACCAGCAAUCGGAGCUGGAGAGACAACUGGUGGGCUCCCUCGUGGACUCUUACGGGUUCAAGGAUUCCGGAUUGGUGAAGAAAACCAUGAGCGUGACGGUGUCGGGUGUGACCCAUCAUCUGGUAUCAUACUACAGUGUUGAAGAUGUCAUGUCAAACCGCCUCCAUACCCCGAUGCAGCACGAGAGUUUGAGAUAUAUACGUCCACGCGCAGAACUCACCACCAAGCAAAGCUUCCGUGCGCCAAUUGACGACUUUGAUCAUGCUACACUGGAAGAUGCAGAUCCCACUUCCGCCCUAUAUGCGUAUCGUUCUACACUAAGCGGCGCGCAGGCGUACGCGGUACCGAGUUCCGGUCCGUCAUAUUACCAACUACCCGCCUACGGCGCACCCCCUGGCUAUGCAGUUGGCGCAGCAGGGCUUGCAGGCCAUCCGGCAUCCAAUCCAUACCUAGCAAAUACUUCCAAUUCAGCCGACAUUCCUCCAAAGCAAGAGAGCUACCCUUUUCGGAGCUCUGCAUCAUACCCGCCCGGCUAUAACCCGAUGAACCCCAGCAUGCAGCAACCCUUGUCUGCUUCCACGAUGUCCUCUUCCCUCAACACUGUCCUUGCUGAUAGGAGUCAGCAGCAGCAGCAACCCAGUAGUGCUGGCCUUUACCGAAAUCCGGCGUUACAGCCGCGCAAUGUGGCCCCAGAUUCGUCUUCGGGCGCCGUCGACCCCAGCUCUGCCUACUCGCGAGGAACCUUUGGCGGGAUGGAUUCAGCAGAUCAGCAAAACGUUGGACAGCAUCCGCCCUACAAUCCUGCAACGAGACGGGAAUCGAGUUCCUUGGUGGCCAACGUUUCUUACUAUAACGGGGACCGCCAGCCUCAACAACCUCAAUCGCAGCCGCCGUCACAGCCUCAACAAUCACACCAGCCGCCGCCGCAGCCGCCGCAACAACAAUAUUUCUCCGGCCCUACCCACUCGGCGCAUGCUUCUAGCUAUCAGCCGGGACCCCCGGCGUCGAUGUCAUGGAAUACGGCUGCAACAGGUUGAAUCGCUGAUCUUUUUGCCAUUGCAUUUUGACCGUUCGACCUCUCCUUUCGUCAUCUCUUUUAAAGAAACCAAAAAUUUAAAUUUCAGGUGGCUGAUUUUCACUCU